AUGGAACUCUCUUUUUUUUCUUCCAUUUGCGCGACUCCGCUGUCUCCACUCCCUUCCGCUCGAGACGCUGUAGAACCAAGAGGCGUCCGUCAGACAAGGCCUGGCAACGGGGCCUAUCUUGUCUAUCAGAUUCGCCAACAGAAACCGAUGGUGCGAGACGAGCUCAACUUGGCCUUUCAGACCUUGCAACAGGAGGGGCCCAUUGUGCGCGUGGUUGAAUCACCCUCCAAAUUUUACGAGAUCUUCCUGGUAAGUAUGACAAUUUAG